AUGGAAAUCCAAAUGAAAAGGACCAACCAGCAAACAUGGUUCUCUCUUUCGCUUCUCCUCCGCGUCUUCCUCUGCAUCCCCUCUACGUACCCCUCCGCAUCCGCUUCACGACCCCCUCUGCUGUUCGCUGCAAGCAGGAUCGAGGCCAUUGGAUAUCAGGAAUUUAGGAGCAGGGUCGAAGGUGUCAAAGUUAAGGCUAUUGACACAACUGGUGCUGGUGAUGCAUUUGUUUAG